AUGGACCCCGCCGUGCUGGAUGAGGAAGAGAAUCCGCUAGAAGAUGGACUUGCUGAUAAUAUGGUCGCGCCAUCAAAGCAGUCGUAUGCUGCGGGCGGAGGAUACAAUGCGCUGAAGGCAUAUAAGGGCCAGCUAUAUUCCGGCAUGGCAGUCGGAGGCUCCCAUACUUGGAACUACGAUCCAGGUACAUGGAAGGAGACCAAAGAGGAGCCUGACCUAUGGCGAAUCGACUUCCAGACGAACAAGAGACGGGCACGCAAUGCACCAAAAGGCAGCGGAGCACCCGUGGGGACCGAAUAUCACUGGCUCAUCGUGGGGCAUCAGCACGUGCGGAAAGUCGAUGCCAACACUUAUGCGACACAUUUGACCGGCGCCAAAUACAAGUUGGCGCAUAAGUCGGCCACUGCCGAGACCUGGUCCAUCCCGACAGUGCGGGGUCAACGAGAACGGGAGGUCGAAUUGCUAGAAGACGCACGAAACCGUGUGCAAGGACUCCCUCCAGUACUAGCAAGUGAGAAGGUCAAAGUCGAUCGGCUUGAGAAGGGCCAACAAAAGCUAGAUACUUUAUUUAGUAAGGCCGCGCUGAAAACGGGGGAGGCCAGGGAUGCUAAAAAGCGAAAACGAGCAUAG